GUAAUGAGGACUGAAGAUUAAAGCAAGAGAGGAGCUGUGUGGUGAACACUGUGAUACCUGCAUGUUGACAAGAGGAAAGCCAUCUUGGUCAGUGAAGAUGCUGGCAGCAUUGGUGGUAAUGAUAUUGCUCCCCACUUGGGUGGAUGGAAUCGUGCUGAAGAAGUGUGAGCUGAAAUCUCAGCUCGAGGCAGAAGGAGACAAAGCUGUGGACAUUAUUGCUAAAUUGGUCUGCACAGCGGAACAAACUUCUGGUUUUGACACCAAUCUUGUAUCCACUACUGGCUAUUUUAAUUCAAUGAACAAAAGAUAUAAGCGUAGCUCUAAAGUUCUGAAAAUCAGGAAAUGGAGGAGUGGUCCAUUUAAUAAUGAAGGCACUGGGAUGUCUGGGGAGACCUCUGGAGAUGGUUUGAAUGACCAAUCUGAUGAAACACGUGAAGCUGACAGCUUGCCGAACCCCACAGAUGAAAUGGUAUCAAAAAUGGUACCUAUGAAACCCUUGGAGAGACCACUAAAGACCACAAGACCGAUUGAGCGUAAGAGGAAGAGAAGAUCUAUGCAUAGCUCUAGGGUUCAGCAAGUCAGGAAACGAAGGUGCGCUUCCUCUAAUGAGCAAGAGUCUUGGAUGACCACAGAUAGCUCUGGAGAUGGAUCGAUCGACCAAUUAGAGGGAACACAGAUACCUCCCACAUCACCAUACCCCAAGAUAUAUUAUGAUACCUAUGAAAUGCUUUUUGGUAGCAGACGUUUUCCACCUGACGGAGCAAUCGAGCCCACAGAUUUUCCAUAUGAUACCUAUGAAAGGCUUUUUGGUAACGGACGUUUUCCACCUGACAGAACAACUGAGCCCACUGAUAUUCCAUAUGAUACCUAUGAAAUGCUUUUUGGUAACGGACGUUUUCCACCUGACAGAGCAAUCGAGCCCACAGAUUUUACAUAUGAUACCUAUGAAAUGCUUUUUGGUAACGGACGUUUUCCACCUGACAGAGCAAUCGAGCCCACAAAUUUUCCAUAUGAUACCUAUGAAAUGCUUUUUGGUAACGGACGUUUUCCACCUGACAGAGCAAUCGAGCCCACAGAUUUUACAUAUGAUACCUAUGAAAUGCUUUUUGGUAACGGACGUUUUCCACCUGACAGAAAAAUCGAGCCCACAGAUAUUCAAUACGAUACCUAUGAAAUGCUUUUUGAUCCCAGAGAGGCACCCGACAGAACACGCUAUGGAAUCUUCCAGCUGAGUGACAGCGCAUGCAAUUCAGGAUUAGACUACAGUCUGAAUCAUUGUGAACUGGACUGUAGUGCUCUGACUGAUGAUGACAUCACUGAUGACAUUGCUUGCCUGAUGUCUCUGGAUGAAAAUGUGAAGCAGAUGACAUUCACACCAGAGUGUCUGUCUGUGGAUUCAUCAGAAUACUUUGCAGAGUGUGGCUAAGUGGACAGAUCAUGCUAUCUAUCUGUUCAAAUCAUACACUCUAUCUAUUAUUCUCUCUCUCUCUCUCUCUCUCUCUCUCUCUCUUUCUG